CUCAACCAGAACCACAAAAGAAAGAAAGAAAGAAAAUCCUGACCAACCAACUGUACAGUAUUCAUAUGAAGCCAAUAGAUUAAUUUCUGACAUAAAAUCUUAGCCGUUAAAUCAGUUAAAAGUUCUUUGCUUCAAACUCUUAUCCUCACUAUAAAACUAGCCACUCAAACUUCUGCCUGAAUCUUUACAAAAAAUCUGCUAUUAAUGGCUUUACUUAACCAACAGUUGCAGAAAUUUCUGCUAACCAGAUUAAACAAUUCUAAUUCUGCUUUUAAGACUAAUAAGAAAAAUCCCAUAAUUCUAAGACAAACAAAGAGAUCAUCAUUCAAAUGUUCUGCUAUUGCUAUUGAGGCACCAUCUUCCUUAGCUGGUGUUGCAGGAAUCAGAUGGGGUUUAACCAAAUUACAAGGCGCUCGAGACGAAAUGGAAGAUGAUGCUGUUAUUGUUCAGCCUGAUACACUUGAAGGUUUUUAUUUUGCUGCUGUUUUUGAUGGACAUGGUGGUUCUUCUUCUGUUACAUUUCUAAGGGAGGAGCUAUAUAAAGAGUGUGCUCAGGCUCUUAAAGGUGAGUUGCUGUUGAGUGGUAAAGAUUUUGAUACAAUUAAGAGCGCGAUAACUGAGGCUUUUGAAAAUGUGGACUUGAGAUUAUCAAAAUGGCUGGAGAAUAAAGAGGAGGAGGAUGAGUCUGGGGCAACGGCUACAGUCAUGUUGGUUGGGAAUGAUAGGUUAUACAUUGCACAUCUUGGUGACUCCUCUGCGGUAAUCUCACGCUCCGGGAAAGCAGAAGUCUUGACUGAUCCCCAUAGACCCUAUGGAAGCAACAAGGCAUCACUUCAGGAAAUUAGAAGAAUCAAUGAAGCAGGUGGAUGGAUUAACAAUGGGAGGAUAUGUGGAGAUAUUGCUAUAUCUCGUGCUUUUGGUGACAUUCGGUUUAAGACAAAGAAGAAUGAGAUGGUGGAAGGAGGAGUCAAGGAAGGGAGAUGGUCACAGAAGUUUGCUUCUAGGGUGAAAUUUAAUGGGGACUUAGUUGUUGCUCGUCCUGAUAUAAUCCAAGCAGUACUUGGUUCAGAUGCAGAAUUGGUUGUUUUAGCCUCUGAUGGCUUAUGGGAUUAUAUUAACAGCUCAGAGGCAGUGUCUUUUGUCAGAGAUGAGCUGCGGCAGCAUGGAAAUGUUCAGCUUGUGAAUCAUUGGCAAACGCAGCUUUGGAUCGGCGAUCACAGGAUAAUAUUAGCAUAAUUAUUGCAGAUUUAGGGAAAACGGAUUGGCAGAAUUUGCCUGCAGAUAAAGAGAACGUUAUGUAUGAGUUCGGCCAAGCCUUUGUCACGCUCGGUGUUGUUUCUCUUGGAAUAUGGUUGUCUUCACAUCUGAUUUUGUAAAUUGGUAGUUUAAUUGCAUUGUAUAUAAGUCCAAUACUCAGUCUAUAGGAAUCAUACUAUGAAGCAUAAUAUUUGUACACAUUUUUUGCUUUCAAAUCUCUGAUUACACAUGAAAUCAAAUUCACAGUGAGAAUGAUACAG